AUGCCACCUGUUGUGUUUCACUUUAUCCAGGCGCAGUGGUCGUCACUCACAGCAUACCUGUCCAGCCUCCGUUGUGGACUGCUAGGUCGUGAUGGAACCGAGUUUGGCUCCUCAGACAGCCAGUUGUCCGCUUCUGAACAACAGAAUAAGGAAGGACACGCCACUUCAACUGAUACCAACGGUCGAGUUGACCAGAUCCCGUCAGACCACUACCCAGCAACGGAACAGCAAAUCGAAGCCACCAUUCAGCAGUUUAUCGAUUCCAUAAAUACAGAUGCGGUCUGCGAUUUGGCGUCCAGACACAACGGCGGAAAGGCAUGUAAAAUCGUCACCAAGGAUAAUGGUAGCUUUAACGUCUGCUUCUUUGUCCAGUUUGAUGCCGGGGAGGAGACACAGGUCGUAAGGAUUCCAAUUAAACCGGUUAUUCGCGAUGCCUGGCAGAAAGUCCUCUGCGAAGUUACUACACUGCGGUAUGUCAAGGACAAUACAACGAUUCCUGUUCCUCGAGUCCUCGCGUACGGCAUCCACGAUAAAGUCGUAGAAGGUGCUGAAACGCCUUUCAUGAUUAUGAACCUCAGUCCCGGGCGGCAACUUCAUACAAAGACGUUCUUGCUCGCAACAAAAGCGCAGCGGCAGCGGCUCUACGGCGACCUUAUCGAUAUACUGUCACAGCUACGUAAGCUCGAGUUCCCUGCUGGGGGUUCGCUGAUGCUAAACCCCGACGACGACGAAUGCAAUCCCAUACUCGGCCCAUUCCUUUCUAUGACUGCGAACGAGUUUGAAGGAAGCAGCGGGAGGCCUUUGCGGCCGGAAGUUUUCACAUCUAUGAAGCGUUUCGUAGAUUACCACUAUAGUAUCUUGACGGAAACGUACCGGCUUCCCGUUGAGAACUUGUCUUAUAGGGAUGCCAAGACGGAACUCUACGCGCUCGACAGUUUAUCCAAAGAAAUUUCCAAAUGCGUCGACUCGAUACCACACAGCCCUUCAUUUGUGUUGGCACAUCCAGACCUACGAUUCGGCAACAUAUUCGUUGAUGAUGACUUCCACAUUCUCGGCAUCAUAGACUGGGAAUUCACGGGCACAAUCCCACUCCAACUGUUCACACCGCCACCAUGGAUUACCGGCCACGAUCCCGAUACACUGCGCAUUAUGCGUGGGCUUGUGCGUAGCCCCUUGCCUGGCGAGAUUUUUGCUGAAUUCCGCGACGUUCUGCAAAAAAAGCGCGAAACAUCCAGCAUUUCAGAAAAGUUAUGGCACGAGUGGGGAUUUCAACAGGGACAGGCUGGACCAGGAGAGGCUCUCAUUCAGGUGCUUCCGCCCAUUGCCCAGAUAUUGCGCCAUCCUUCUAGUCUCAUGAGCGUAUAUUACUCGUCUAUUUUCCGCAAGCUCUUCGGACCACUAGCGAACCGGGAUGCAGAGAUUCACAAGUUUUUUGAUCAUCCGGACAAUUUGAGUCUCGCGAAGCAGGUUGAGCUUCAAAUUGAGAAAUCCAAGCGCUAUACCCAAUUUCUAGAAGGCAGAGGUCUUCUCGUUGAGGAUGUACAGAGCCAGCAAAUUCGGGAGUAUCUUGCCAAUACUGAACAUUUAGUCCAUAGAUAA